UCCGCCUCUCGGUCCCGCCCCAGGCCGUAGAGGCGGAGGUAAAGGCAUCUCUGGACUAUUAAUACAGUGCGGGUUGAGGGACAACUCUUUUCCAGCUCUUCAGGAGAAAUGCAACGUCCUCUCUCUUUCAGACAAAUUAGCAUUCCAAAAGAUUUGGGAUACCUGACCAUUAUACCACCAAGAAACUUACUGUGUAUGAGAAGUAACUUUCUCUUUGGUUCAAGAUGUUGGAUGAUCCGAUUUUCAGCAGAAAUCCUCCUUAAAUCAGUUUCAUUUAGACUUUUUAGUGUGAAGUGUGGUAAUGCCAACAGUGAGUCUUUGGAGAAUGAAAAAUUACUGAAUAACUUACUUACAAUGGGAGUUGAUGUUGACAUGGCAAAAAAACGACAGCCUGGAGUUUUUAAUAGGACGGGAACUAAAGAGCAAGAGCUGAAGAUGUUCCUUCUGUCCAAAGGAGCUAGCAAAGAAGUGAUUGCUAGCGUUAUAUCAAGAUAUCCACGAGCCAUAACACGCACACCUGAAAGUCUUUCAGAACGGUGGGAUCUGUGGAGAAAAAUUAUGACAUCAGACCUUGAAAUUAUAAAUAUUUUGGAACGUUCUCCGGAAUCUUUUUUUCGAUCUAGUAAUAACCUAAACUUAGAGAAUAAUAUAAAGUUCUUCUAUUCAGUUGGAUUGACCCAUAAAUGCCUUUCUCGAUUAUUGACCAAUGCCCCACGUACCUUCUCAAACAGUCUAGAUCUGAAUAAACAGAUGAUUGAGUUUUUGCAAGAAGUCUCUUUGUCUUUGGGUUACAAUAAGCCCAGAGAUUUUGUUAGGAAGAUAAUUUUAAAAAACCCUUUCAUCUUAAUUCAGAGUACCAAACGGGUAAAAACUAACAUUGAAUUUUUACAGUCAACUUUCAGCUUGAACAAUGAGAAGCUGCUUGUUCUGCUCUGUGGUCCAGGAGCUAAAAUUCUAGACCUUUCCAAUGACUAUGUCAACAGAAACUACACAAAUAUCAAAGAGAAGCUGCUUUUUCUUGGGUGUACUGAAGAAGAGAUACACAAGUUUAUCUUACGCUAUCCAGAUGUUAUCUUCUUGGGAGAGAAAAAAUUCAAUGAUAAAUUAGACUGCCUCAUAGAAGAAAAACUCAGCAUAUCACAAAUAAUUGAAAAUCCUCGGAUUUUGGAUUCAAGCAUAAAUACUUUAAAAAGUCGAAUCAAAGAAUUGGUAAAUGCUGGCUAUAACUUAAGUACAUCAAACAUCGCUCUGUUAUCUUGGAGUCAAAAUAGAUAUAAAGCUAAACUGAAAAAGUUAAACAUUGAAUAGAACAUUGUUCUGGAAAAUUAAAAAGUGUCAGUCUUGGGGCGCCUGGGUAGCUCAGUGGAUUAAAGCCUCUGCCUUCAGCUCGGGCCAUGAUCCCAGGGUCCUGGGAUUGAGCCUCACAUUGGGCUCUCUGCUCAGCGGUGGGCCUGCUUCCCCCCUCUCACUCUGCCUACUUGUGAUCUCUCUUUGUCAAAUAAAUAAAUAAAAUCUUUAAAAAAAAUAAAAAUAAAAAUUAUCAGUCUUAACAAUAUAGUGAUACUUCAUUUUGAAUUUGAGCCUUUCUAAAAGGAGAGCUUUGGUUUCUUUCUUUCUUUCUUUCUUUUUUUUAAAAGAUUUUAUUUAUUUAUUUGACAGAGAGAAAUCACAAGUAGAUGGGGAGGCAGGCAGAGAGAGAGAGAGGGAAGCAGACUCCCUGCUGAGCAGAGAGCCCGAUGCAGGACUCGAUCCCAGGACCCUGAGAUCAUGACCUGAGCAGAAGGCAGCAGCUUAACCCACUAAGCCACCCAGGCGCCCCUGGUUUCUUAACCGUAUAUACAUACAUAAUGAUUCUUUGGAUAUUUUAUUUUAAAGGUUCAUAAAAACUCAUGGUCAUUAUGCUCUAGUAUCAUCUUCCCAGCUACCUUUUUUUUGUUUGAAUUAAUACAACAUCUGGUUAUAUGCUGUAGGCCUUUGGCUGUCAUAUGAAUGGUAGUUCCUGAGUGCCAGGGUGGAACAAUAUAUAGAAAGAAAGUACAAAAUAAGUGUUUUUUGGUUUCUGUUCAGAUUAAAAAAUCAACAGAUUCAUUUGUAUAGUUCUGUAUCCUCUCAGGGUUUUGAAUUGCACCUGAUUUUUCCUGUUAUUGCCACAUAUCUAAUUGUGAUUCAUCUUCAAAAUAGAAUGUUAGUAAAAAUUUGACAAACCAAAAAGGAGGUCUUUUACUCUCAAGUUCUGCUUUCUUCAUUUAAACCAUUAGUAUGUUCCCCUUUCCCUCCAAGGUAGGGUUAAUUUACUGUGGGAAUAUCUUGAUUGCUUUAAAGACAACAGCAACUAUGAUGGGCAGAAAAAUGGCCACCCAAAGAUGUCAGUGUCUGAACUCCCAGAAUCUGAAUCUGUUCUGUUACAUUGGAAAAGAAUUUUGCAGAUGCAGUUGCGUUAAGGACCUUAAGAUAGGGAGAGGAUUCCAAAUUAUCUGUGUGGGGCCAGUGUUACCAUAUGGGUUCUUAAAAUGGAAGAGAGAUUUGACAUAAGGAUUUGGCCAUAUUUACUGGCUUUGAAGAAGGAAGGGACCAUGAGCCAAGGAAUGCAGGUGGCCUCUGAGAAAAUGGAAAAGGCAAGGAAACAUUCUUCCCCUGGUGCCGCCAGAAAGGAACACAGCCUUGCUAGGACUUUGAAUUUAGCUCACUGAGACUUGUCAAACUUCUGACCAACAGAACCCUAAGAUAAUAAAUUUGUGUUGUUUUUAAGCAAUUGGGUAUGUGACAAUUUGUUAUAGCAGCAAAUAGAUGAAUAUAGGGGGAGGAGUCCCAAUUAUGUGGUUCUUUUAGUAUAUUUUUUCUUCCUCUAAUUACCUGUUUUAUCCACAUAUCUUUCUGGAAUGACUAGCAAGUUGUUGUUUUUAAAGACCUCUAAAUGUCUGUAUAAAAAAUGAAAUGUAAGUAAUAAAAAUCUAAAUAAAGAGGUAUUUUUACUUAAAGUA